ACUGUGAUUGAACAAUACGAAUUUUGUCGAGUUCAUAGAAAAGAAGAAAUAAUUAUUUCUUAUAAGAUUGAAAAAGGAUAUCCAUUACAUAUAGAUUUUACAAUACUACCUAAUUGGAUUAAAAGUUUGAAAGAUGAGCUGCUGAAAAUUAUAAAAGGACAACAGUAUAGUGAAUAUCAUGUAGAUGCACCUGGAUAUUAUGGAACCAAAGGUCUAGCCAUUAUCUUAAAAACUUUGACUGAAAUGUUUGUUCAAUCUAAAAUUUUAACCACAAAUCUUUGCAUACCACAAUUACUAUCUCAAUACUUAGCUCAAGUUUUAGUACCAAAAACUGCUAUUAGACUUAUUGCAGAGGACUUUAAUAAUAUUUUUUUAGAUAUGGCAAAAAAAAUUAUAAUUGAUA